AACUACUUUCAUUAUCUGAGUGUGACAUCGAAAGUGAAAUCGAAGCGGGAAUAAUUAGUACAAACGAAGUAAAGAAACAAGUUAUAAUUCUUCACGGGCAUAAAACAACAAAACCGAAGCAAUCAUUAUGAAUUCCUUGAUGGAUGAGCCGUGUAUAAAUCUAAAGGAGGGGAUUGAUCUGAAAGACCUCAAAGACCCGAACAGUGAGGGGGUGGUGUUUGAGGUUGAGGAGGAGCAGCAGCCAUUAGAGACUGAAAGAAUGAAUACUUAUUUUGACACCGAAGAAAUUGUCCGGAAUCUGUACCAACCCGACGACUCGAGUAGUUGUGAUGACGACGAGGAUGAUGACCGAUCGCCGUUUGAACGGAGGAUGUCGAAGAUGGAGGACAUCACUGAAGAACAUAAUGGCCGCGUCAUGAAGAAAGUUCUCACUCCCGGCGCUGGACCCGUCGUUCCUCCAAAUUCUCUUUUGAAAGUACACUACAAUGGUUAUUUGGAGUUGGCAGAUGAACCGUUUGAUUCAUCACGUCUCAGGAACUGCGAGGAAAGGAAAAGACUUGGAAAAGGUGAAAUGUUCAUUGGAUUUGAAAUUGCUGUAUCGUCUAUGAAGAAAGGAGAACUGUCGAGAUUCAUCAUCCAUCCAGAUUACGCUUACGGCAAGAUGGGAUGUCCUCCACGCAUACCAGCAGAUGCUUUCCUUAUGUAUGAGAUUGAGUUACUGCAUUUUGUGGAGAAAGACGAAGUUGAUGACUUCUAUCGCAUGUCUCCGGACGACCGAAGAGCUGUUACAUUUGAGAACAUUUGCAAAGUCUGUAAAGCAGAGAAAGCUGAGGCUGAAGAAUUCUACAAAAAUCACAUGUGGAGGAAAGCUCUUGCCAAGUACCUCAAGGCCUGUAGAGUGUUUGAAGAAUAUCACCUGAAGAAUGACGAGGAGGAGCAGUACCAACAGAAACAACUGCUCAAGAUCUUCACAAACAUCGCCAACUGUUACGUGAAAUGCUGUGAACCCAAACGAGCACUGCCAUUCGCCAACAGAGCACUCGAGAUAGACCCAAAACAUGUCAAGGCUUAUUUCUGGAAGGCCAAGGCACAUCAUUCCCUGGCUAACUUUGACCAGGCGAGACAGAAUCUUGUUAAAGCUCAGAAACUAUCUCCCAGCAGUGCCGAAAUCAGAACGGAGCUGAUCAAACUCAAUAAGGAUUUUGAGCAGUUCAAGCUUAAGGAAUCAUCAUAUUGCCGCAAGAUGUUUUCCAGUUCAAUAGGAGAAACAGAUGAGUUGAAGGAGGUAAAGCCGAACACACAGGAUGAGACAUCUGCUUGUUCUGAAGAUUUUAAACAGGCCUUCAAGGCCAGACUGGAUGCAUUCAUAAAAGACAAGGAUAUCGAUCAGCUUCCAUUUCCAUCGUACCAGCUGUCUGUGCCAGAAAUAGAAUACAUGAUCGCCACUGCAGAACAGAUGGGAUUGGACACUGUGCAGCAGGGGGAGGGACGAUUUGUGAAUUUUUCCAUAAAGAAGAAAAAGAAGUGAAGAAAGAAAAACAACACUGCUGUGGUGUUCAAGUUGACAAUCUGCGACACCUAUGUUGUAGAGAACAUUUCAGUUGCAGCAGAUUUCCAAGGGAUUCUGUUAAUGUAAUUGUUAAAUGAUGGUGAUAAUGCGGGACUGCGUACUGUUAAGAUAGAUUGAAAAACAAAUUCACCAGUGUUCCAGAUUACCAGUCUCUGCAAGAUGUUCAUUGGUGUUUGACCAGUUUGAGUCGAUUACCGCAAGAAACAUCUCUUUUUAUGUGAGGAUCACACACAGUCACCCAACAGCAUCUUUUUACUGUGUCAAUACAGAGAACAUUUUAAGUUGACUGUUUUGUUUAAGGAUGAAACAAGAACAUGUUUGAUAGUUUUGUUUGUAGUAGCCAUAGUAAAGGCUCUAAACUACUAUGUAUUAUCUAGGGUUGUUAUGUCACUAUCUACCAAACACGGAAUUAGUUUUGGUACUACAGCCAAGUAUUAGCCAAGACACCCGUUAGGUUUUAAUCUUUAAAUGCUAGGAUUUAGUUAGUUAAUAUAUGGCAUUAAGAAAAAUGUUAAUAUAUUGCAUACAUUUUAAGAGAAAAAAUUAAGAGUAAUUAGGAUUUAAGUACUGUAGAAUACUUUAUUUUCGCGUGGAAUUUAUUUUCGCAGUAAUAAGACACAGUAUUAGCAACUUUGUUUAUUAGUUUAUUAUAGAACUUUAGUUUGGAAAUCUGCGAGACCAACAUAUUGGUUAAAUUGUAACCUAUAAACGCUAAUAAAGGUGGAACUUUGAUUUAGUAACUUAAUAUAUGGCAUUAAGAACAGUGUCAAUUUUAUAUUACAUAAAAUGGGGGGAAAAAGUAAUUAGGUUUUAAGUGAUGCCACAAUAUCAUCAUUUUUGGUUAACAGUUUAUUAUAGAAGUUUAGUUUGGAAACUGUGAGACAGAAAUCCACCAACAGUAGUUUCUAGUCAUCUUCAUCUCUGUGUUGCACCAGAGUCAAACUGAAACGGAUCUAGUAGAUUUGAAGGUAAACUUUAUGGUAAAGUUAAAGACAGACCCAACAAAAAUGUUUUGCCUAGUUAUAGUCAAAUAUCUGAAGAUUAUAAUAUUUAUGUUUUUAUUUUCAAUAAAGGCCAUUUCAAUUUUUUUUUUUAAUAUUGGAAAGUUUUAUUAAAUUGUUUUUAGCUAAAAGGAAAAAGUAACAUUAACUCCUGAAUAGUGACAUAUUUCAUCCAAUUUUGCCAGGCUACAGCGGUGUAAUGACAUACCUGAAAAGUGACAAUGUCAUCCUUGUUCUCAAUAUUUAGCAUAGACAUUUUGUAAGACUGCUAAUGCAGCACUUGCUUGAAAGCAAAAGUAGGAAUAAUAGUUUUUGCUAAUUGGGAAUUCAAAGUUUACAGUAAAAUAAAUAAAUUUAAACCAUUUAGCUCCUAAUUAAUAAUUUAAUCAUAAAGUUAACCUUUAAUAAGUUUAAUACACAUUGUGUGCACUGUAUUUUACUACCAAUACAACUUCAAAGGUUUGACCUCGAGAGCAUGAUGAAAGCAGAGUUGGCUAAACAUGCACACACUGUAUGCAUCUAAAACUUUGUGAUUGUAUACAAGGAUACAUGUACAGCACAAAGGUGUAGUUAUAUAUUUUUUUAAUAAACUUUAAAAUACAA